GCCGCGCCUCACAUGACUGCGCCCUGGUUCGCUUAACCGUGUGGGUGUGGUAAGAAUGAGCUGGGCGAGGAAAGUGUAACUGAAAUGCAACAAUUAUUCUAGAAGCAAAUACAAGUGGAAGAGCGAGGUUAAAAAGGGGAAGACGGUGGAAUCGAUACAAACCAAGAAGGAACUGCGUCCUGAGUCAACCUCGCUUCCAACACCAAACACGGGUGCGGUAUUACAGUGUGACCCUGGGGGCAAAUUUAAAACAAGCGGCGAGAUCAACGCUGUGCAUAAAAACAACCAUUGAAACUCGCCGUUGAAGUCAUCUGGAGCACGCAACCAUGCAUUAAAAGUAAUUGCUGGCGGUUGCAAGGUGGGGUGGAGAGGAAGCGGUGGAAACGAGGACCGUGUCACAGGAAGAGGAGAUGAGAACGGGAGAGAGUGAGGAUGUACACAGAGUGACAGAGCUGCGGGAGAGAGGAUGAACAUUUAAAAUUGGGGGGCGAAAAACAAAAAGCAGAAUUCAGUGUGGCUCAGCCGUCCGAGACGAGGACUGGGAGGCAGAAGAUCUGUGUUUGAAUCCCAGCUCGACCAGCGUGACUGCCCUGUCAUGUAACUCACUCACAGCCAGCCCUGUACAGCACAAGAGAGGGCAAGCUUUUAUAACAGUAACAAUUGUUCUGCAGUAAAUGGCCAGGCUGAGCGGCGUGCAGCCUCCAUGGUGCAGCUUCUUCUUCCUGUAUGAUGGCUCAAAGGUGAAGGGUGAGGGGGAUCUGACCAGAGCAGGAAUCUGUUACUUCUACCCAUCUCAGACGGUUCUCGACCAGCAGGAGGUGCUGUGUGGUCAGAUCGCUGGGGUGGUGCGCUGCAUCUCUGAGCUCUCUCGCUCCCCGCCCUGCCUCAUCCGACUCCGCAAGACCAAAUUCGCUAUCCGGCUCGACGGGGACUUCCUCUGGGCGCUGGGCUGUGUGAUGGAAGUCCCUGACGUCAGCUGCUCUCGAUUCCUGGAUCAGCUCAUCGGGCUCUUCAGGUUCUAUCAGGGCUCGGUGCGACAGACAUACCAGAUUGGAUCCCGGGAGGAGGUGUCCAGAGAUUGGGAGCUGUAUCUGGAGCAUCUCCAGAAGGGCAGCACAGAGCUCCACCAGGUCUUCAGAUCCCUGCACACCAUUGACCGCACCAAGGUCGACCCUCUGCUGCUCCUCAAGGCUGCCCUCAUCCUGCAGGCCUGCCAGCGCUGCCCCCUAGUGUUGGCCGGGUGUAUCCUGUACGAGGGCUGUGUGGUCAGCACACAACUCCCCCCUGAGCUCACAGCCAGAGUGCUGGUCCGGAAGACUGAUGCCAGCAGUGAGGACGCGGCGGCUGUGCGGAAUGAAGACCCGGGCACAGCGGACCCCCGCCUCCCCCCCAACGUGGAGACUGUCCCAGCGUUCCUGACCCCAGGAGAGGUGGCUGAGCUGAGGCAGCAUCCCGUCGACUGGAUGAGCAGGCUCCCUCGUUCGCCCCAGCGUGGCUCCCGGGAGAGGAAGUCCCGCCUGUCCCGAACGCUCUCCGACAGUCCGGAUCCAGAGAACUGGAGUUCCAGCGCAGCCCCCUCCGAGGGGGCACGGAGCUCCACUCCCCUCUCCAGCUCUCCCCACACCCCCCUAGUGCAGACACAAGACUCUAGGGAGGGGGUCCCUAACACUUCCAACAGGCUGCUCCCCCAGGCUGACAGGGAGAGGGAGAGAGACCCAACAAACUGGGACCUGAAUACAGGCGCGGGUAACAGCUCUGUCCCAGAGGAGAGGGAGUCUGCGCCCCACUCAGGACCCAGCAUUGAGAACUGCACCGUCCGGUCUGAAUCCCCACUGCAGAGUAACGGGCACGCUGAGUUCACACCAGGAGCCAACCAGGGCACUCCUCCACCUUCCCAGGAUGCACCAGCACCAGGGCAGCAUGACGCAAGUGCCCCAACAGAGGAGGGGGAGAGCAGUGCGAGCUGGGACUGGGUCACGGCUCUGGAGGAGGGCAGCCCCCCUGGGGACCCCCUGGUGGAGGUGAAGCUGUACCUGCACAGGGUGAAGGGGCUGGUCCUCUCCCUGCUGGUGGAGCGCUCCUUCCCGGGAGACCGGGAGGCAGUGGAGGACGUGUAUCACAGCAGCCUGGCCUCUCUGAACGGUCUGGAGGUGCACCUGAGGGAGAUGCUGUCUGAAGAGCCUCCUGCCUCAAGGGGAGCCUACAACUUCACACACUACGACUGCAUCCAGAACACCCUCACCACCAACGUGUCCCCGAGCAGCGGGGGUCCUCAGGAACGCAGCUUCGUCCGCGCCGCCUCCCUCCUGCACUCGGACUUCACACGCUGCCCGUCCCUGCACGAGGGCAUCGUCCGGAAUGCCUCCACGGCGGUGUACGGGACCCGCAACACGUCCCAGGAGACCUUCUUCCAGCAGCUGGCGUCUCCAUCGAUGAACUCGGGCGUCCCCAACCCCCAGGACAGCGCCUUCGCUCUGCCGGGGAAAGCCAAGCAGAAGAUGCUCAAGCACGGGGUCAACCUGCUGUGAGCGCGGGAGCGAAUCACCCUGCUGAAACACGGCAGCAACCUGGACCUGAGCCUCCUGUGAGCCAGGGAGCACAGUAACAAACACAGAACCUGCUGAGAGAGGAGACACAAGCUGUCCUGAAUAGCUGCUGUGAGACGGGAGGAGCCUGCUCCCAGUGAAGACAGUGCCAGAACCAGUAUCACUGCCCACCGCAUCCCAGCAGAGUGGAAACCCCUCCUCGGCAUUCUUAUAAACUAACCAGCACUGACCACAGCAACGCUGUUCCUGCCUUUUUUAUUUUUUAUAAAGUGAAUCACAGGUGUAAUUAAUUAUCUAUCCAUCCAUCCAUCCAUCCAUCCAUCCAUCCAUCCAUCUGGACAAUAAAUGUUUGAUUUGAAACACUGCAUUACAAGGCUCAGGCUUCAUGUCCCUGCAGUAGAUCACAGAUCACAUGUCUGUAUUCUUCAUCUCUAUAAUAAAGAGUGUAAAUGUGAUCUACUUUU